GAAACAAGGAGGCGGCUUCCGGGACAUGGCGCGGCCUUUGUCUCUUCCGCCGGGCACGGAGCCGGCGUCCCCUCUCCGCCGUUGCUCCUCUCGGGGCCCAGGUGUGUCUGCCGCAGCCUGUGUCACCCGAGACCGGCAGGUCCUUCUGCCUGUGGGUGUGGUGGUAGCAGAUGAAGCGGUUGUGCUGAUGCCUUGAAAUGCACAUUCUCAAGAUGAAGCUGCGAUUUGUGCAGAUACCCUCAGCUGAGAAGGAACCUUAGGCAGGAGGAAGAGGAAGAAAUGGCUGGUUCUCAGGGAUUGUUGACAUUCAGGGACGUGGCCGUAGACUUCUCUGCGGAGGAGUGGGCAUGCCUGGACCCUGCUCAGCAGAGUUUGCAUCGGGAUGUGAUGUUAGAGAACUACACAAACCUGGUCUCUGUGGGUCUUGCUGCCUCUGAGCGGGACCUGGUUUCCUGUCUGGAGCAAAGGCAAGAGCUGUGGAAUGUGAAGAAACAGGAUGCAGGAGCCACAUACCCAGAUAUAUUUUCUCAUUUCACCCAAGGCCUAUGGACAAAGAAGUGCAUAGAAGCUCCAUUCCAAAAAGUGAUAUUGGGAAGAUUUGAGAGCUGUAGUCUUGAAAAUUUACACUCACGGAAAGACCGGAAAAGCCCAAAUGAGUGUGAAGGGCAGAAUGGAUGUUAUGAUGGAUAUAAAAAAUGUAGAACAUCUAACUAUGAUGAAAAUGUCAGUGAUACUGUAGGUCAACAGCCUAAGACAUUUUGGGAAAAAACUUCAUUUAUAUCAGAUACUUCUGCUGAAUCACAUGUUUCUCUAAGUAAAUAUCAGCAUCAAUUUUUGGAACAUAACUUUUAUCAGAAAGAAAAUUUGGAAAUUCUAAACUGUGGUGUGAUGCAUGUUCCAAAUAAUAAUUUCGACCAAUUUAAAUACACAAUUGGAUUACAUGUUCAGUCAAACAUUUCUGAAGAUUUGAUAUUUAAAAAUGAAGGUAAGAUUUCUAAAUAUGAUCAGUUUGUUAAAAGUUUAUUCUUUUUCCACCCAGACAUAAUACCUUCUUCUACCAAAAUCUACAACAGUGAUCACCAUGGGAAAGUCUUCACUCAUUCAUCUAAUCGAUAUCACGGAAUAGACAAUUUAGGAAAAUAUCACACUUACAAUAAAACUUUUAUGUCCUUUAGCCAAGGCUCUACCCUAAAUAGUUACCAAGAUACUUAUAUUGCAGACAGAAAUAAUCAAUUCCGUAAAUGUGAGAAAAUCAAUGAAUUAUAUAGUUCUAGAAAACAUCCGAAAAUCCAUGUUCAAGAGAAUAAUUACAAAUGUAAAAAAUGUAAGAAAGUCUUUUCUCAAUACUCAAAGCUUAUUGUCCAUCAGUGUAUCCAUAUUCAAGAGAAGCCUUACAAAUAUAAUAAAGGUGUAGUAGUUGAUACCCACCCUUCAAAACAUAUUCAGCAUCUGGGAAUCCAUUUUGGAAGAAAUUCAUACGGAUACAGUAAAUGUGAGGAAAUCUUUAAUACUUCAUCAAAUCAAAGAGAACAUAGGAUAAUCCAUGCUGAAGAGAAACUGUACAAAUGUAAAGAAUGUGGCAAAGCCUAUAACCAUACUUCACACCUUAUUGAACAUCAGAAAAUUCAUACUGGAGAAAAAUUUUACAAAUGUGAUACUUGUAGCAAAUCUUUUACUCGUUCCUCAAGUCUUAUUGUGCAUCAGAGAAUUCAUACAGGAGAAAAAGUGUACAAAUGUGAUACGUGUAGCAAAUCUUUUACUCACUCCUCAAGUCUUAUUGUGCACCAGAGAAUUCAUACGGGAAAGAAGCCCUGCAAAUGUAAAGAGUGUGGCAAAGUCUUUUACUGUAGUUCACGUCUUACUCAGCACCAGAGAAUUCAUAGUGGAGAAAAAUUUUACAAAUAUAAAACACUUUCCUCAAAUCUUAUUGUGCGUCAGAAAAUUCAUCCUGGAGAGAAACGCUAUAAAUGUAAAAAAUGUGGCUUGUCCUUUUUCUGGUCUUCAAUACUUAGACAACAUCACAGAAUUCAUACUGGAGAGAAACCCUACAAAUGUAAGGAAUGUGGCAAAGCCUUUAAGUAUAAGUCACUUCUUACAAAGCACUACAGAAUUCAUACUGGAGAAAAAGUUUACAAAUGCAAUACAUGUAGCAAAUCUUUUACUCAUUCCUCAAGUCUUAUUGUGCACCGGAGAAUUCAUACUGGAAAAAAAUUUUACAAAUGCAAUACAUGCAGCAAGUGUUUUACUUAUUCCUCUAGUCUUAUUGUGCACCAGAGAAUUCAUACUGGAGAGAAGCCCUAUGAAUGUAAGGAAUGUGGCAAAGCCUUUAAAACUAGUUCACAACUUACUCAGCACCAGAGAAUUCAUACCAGAGAUAAAUUUUACAAAUGUGCAACAUGUAGUAAAUCCUUUAUUCGUUCUUCACAUCUUAUUGUUCAUCAGACAAUUCACACUGGAGAGAGACCCUACAAAUGUAAAGAAUGUGACAAAUCCUUUAAGUAUAGUUCACAUCUUACAAAGCAUGAGAGAAUUCAUACUGGAGAGAAAUUUUAUAAAUGUAAUAAAUGUAGCAAAUCUUUUAUUCAUUCCUCAAGUCUUACUCAACAUCAUAGAAUUCACACUGGAGAGAAACCUUACAAAUGUAAUGAGUGUGGGAAAGCCUUUCAAAAUAGUUCACAUCUAAUUCGACAUCAGAGGACUCAUACUGGCGAGAAACCCUUCAAAUGUAAAGACUGUGGGAAAACCUUUACCUGUGGUUCAUACCUUACUCGACAUCAAGGAAUUCAUACUGGAGAGAAACCCUACAAAUGUAAAGAAUGUGGCAAGGCCUUUAACUGUAGGUCCUACCUUACUCGACAUCAGAGAAUUCAUAGUAAAGAGGUUCUAUAGAUAUAGCAAAUAAGGAAAUAAUAUCCAAAAUAUAUAACUUGGAAUCACCAGAAAUAUCACAGGGAAACAAACUUUACAGAUAAAAUAAAUGGAAGUAUUUAAUUAAAAUGCAAAUCUAAUUGUAUCGGGGGAUUCACAGAAUCAGAAAACUAAAGCACAAACACUUUCAAAUUUUGUACCAAAAUGGAGAAUAAUCUGAAUUCAAAGCAAUUAGUAUAUUUUUUUCAUAUGUUUCUAAGGCGCAAGAACAUUGACAUUUGGUAGGUAUAGUAGUCAUUGAAUAAUUUAUUUCUAUUGACAGUAUUUGAGUUGCUUGGAAGGCAGGUAUUGAUAUAAUUCAACUCUCAAUUAAGUUGAUGCUAUGCCUUAAUUUCUAGUAUUCAUAUGAAAAUAUAAGAUAUUUUCUCUCUGCAUUCGAACUACUAGAGACUAUUUUAUAUUAGGUAGAUGUCAUUAAUAUGAAUUUGUCCAUGGCUGUAUAAUUAUAGAUGCAAAACCCAUGAGGAAAAUCUAAAGAAAGAUGUAGCUUGGGUUUAACUUAUAAAACAUUCAUGUAUAGAAGCAUAUGGUGUGUGUUGAGAACAACUAAAGAACUCAUUUUUCCAAUUGUUCCUUAAGUGGAACAAAUUAGCCACUUAAAAUACUGAGUUAUUUUAAUAGUACAAGUCUUGAGUAUUAUUUGGUGUGAUAGAAGACAUAGUAGAAGUGGUUAAUGUUACUUAAUAUGAUAAAAAAUUAAAAUGCCUUCACAGAUGUCAGUCAAAAGUAAAGAUUACUCCUGUCUGGAAUGUUCUAUAUUAUUUCCAAUCAACAUUCAGUAAAUAAUUAGCCUCACAGGCAUGGGAAACUUGUGGCCUUAAGGCAACCUAUGUGGCCUUGUCGAUUCUUAAGUGGGACCUUUUAACAGAAUCUGAAAUUUACAAAACAACUGUUUUUACUAAAAGGGAUAUAGUAGACAAAGACAAAGCUUUUCUUCUUCAUUCGGUGCUUUAAAAACAACGAUCUUGAAAUCAGAAGGCAACAGAUUCCCCACCCCAUGAUAUAUCAAGAGAAACCAUGCUCCUGGAGUUCUUGCAACUAGUGGAUUUUUGGAUGCUCUCUAAUGACUGUUUGAACAUAAUGUGUUUUAAUCAAUAUAACUAAGUGGUUUUUAAAGUUUAACAUAGAUAAUGUAAAGAAGGAAUGGUUAUCACCUUUACACUAUCCCAUCAUAUGUAAGACUGGAUAACAUGUCACCCAACAUUUUAUUGGGUGAUAGAGGUGGAUGAUUUCUCUAAUGAUCCCUUUUCACUCGGGACUGAAAAUUCCUGUAAUUGGGAGGAUAUUGUCAUAGUUACUAUUUUGUAUUCUUUUCUCCUUUUUGUAAUUACUGGGAUAUUAUGAUAGUUAUAAUAAAGAUUCCAUGGGAGUAUAAUUAGAAAACAUAGUUUUUAGAUCUUAAAUCACUAUUUAUAUAAUUUUGCUCAAUAAUUUUUUGCACAUCCUCUCUGCAUCAAAUGCAUAGAAUCUUCUUUCAAGUUACUUAGUAUGCAGUGUCUAAAUAUGUUAAGCUAAUAGUUUAUAUAAUCUAAUCAUUCUCAGAAAUUAAUUUGAAGAUAUGAGCAAUUUUACAGUGGUACAUUUAGUUAUGCUUUAAUAUACUUUAUUUUCUCCAUUUUCAAUUAGAGAAUGAAACUACUUAGUUUUUUUUUUUAAUUGUCUUCCUUUUAAGACAAAUGUAGUGAUUUUACUGGACUGACUUUUUCAGACAGAAACUGAGAAGCUUCAUAAAUCAUGCAGUUGUUUUGACAUUUAUUUACUUAUUGAUACAGGGUCUCACUUUGUUACCCAGGCUAGAGUGAGUGCCAUGGCAUCAGCCUA